AGCAGGAAGAAUGCGUUCUUUACUCAAAAAGUUUUACGUGUCCUUCGUUUCAUUCGUCUAGUUGCUUUUGUUAUCAUAGACCGAGACCCCCAGCACCACGGGUUGGUGGAAAAUAAAAAUGUCAGCCACUACUGCUUCCCUCUGUGGUCCGCAACGUGGCCGCCCGACGCUGGAAAAGGUCCAGCAGCCCAAGAGACUAAAGCCCAAGACCACUUUCAACACAGACGCCCGCACAAGCAAGAUGGCGCCGCGAACUUCUGUCAUUGGGCAGAAGAGAAUCCAGGAGAUCGCAAACCGGCUCGCAAAGACGAGCAUAAAGUGCAAGCGGAUGGAAGUCAACCCGGACUGGCUAGCGGUGGAAGAGUACUGGCUCGCGCCUGGGGACCAACAGCACGACUGUUCGGGGCGUGCCAGGAGGUCGAGAAGCGACUCGCGGAGGCAAGCGGAUGAAGCCGAAAAAGAUACUAGAGGUCGUAGAAGAAGUGGUCGAAGCGACGACAAGAAUCUUUUUGCUGAGCACCAUGGAUGCGACCCGCGUAUUAACCCUGGGCACCAUAGCGCGGAGCGUCGUGCGUUGAGAGGAGAAGCCGCAGGUUUGAACGCAGCUGCGGAAGUUGUUAUCGUCGCUAAAGAUCAUACUACAAGCCCGCGCACAACAUCAUGCGGCGUGCAAACGGAAGGGCGCGGUGAUGAAGCAGAAUCCUCGAGUUUGGAACUAACCUUGAUGAUGUCCCGUGCAGCAGGAGCGGGAGAGAAGAUGAAUCCGCCAUCAUCUGUGUCGUUCUAUCCGACGAGCACGCAGUACACUACACCGAGUCACCCGCUUCUACUUCGGUCGUCAGCUUUCAAGACCACCACCUCGACGAGCCGGGCUGCUUCCUACUCGCGCACGACGCGACCCCCCGCAGCGACGUCAACUGUUGUGCCGCGCGUCAUCGAGUAUUUAAACAAGCCUGUGGGGGAUCGAGGGAGCAAGGACGUGCAGUCGGUUUUCAGCUCGCCACGCACGGUAAGUAGAUCCUGUAGCCGACGAGGAGGAGAAGAAAUAAAGGUGCGAAAAAUGGCCACUGGUCUUCGUUGUUAUCUAUAAGGCCCUUUGAGUUUGACAUUAAUUGAUUCCCGCCACAAGAGCACCUCGAACGAUGUUGAAGUCACAAGAACUUGUUGGUUUUCUUUGAAGCAAUUUGCCCAGCACCUAGCUUUCGUUUGUAUUGGUCUACGAGGUUUAACAACUGCUUCCACUCCAGGUGAAUCCCGCCCCAUACGCUCAGCGUCGCGUCAGGUUUUUUUUCGCGCCAGAGGUCCGGGGCGUUCACGGUGCACAACCCCCCGAGCUCCCGCAAGGUCAGCAGGGGGUGGAUCUAAAAAUAACUGAUCAGGCAGCACUUCUGACCCGUUGGUACAAAGCUGGCACAAGGAACCGCAGAGAAAAGAGCAGGAAGCGACGUGCUGAGGAGGAGGUUGAUGCGCAUCCUGAUCAUGAGCAUAGAGUGACACGAGGAGUAGAGCCCGUAGUUGACACGUCUUUCCUCGUUCCGGUGCAGCUUGCCCAUCGUCCUAGAGAAUUUGUGUCCUGGACAGCGCAGCGCAAGGAACGCUUUCGGAUUUUGUAAAUUGAUGAACAAUGCGAGGAGUAUCCAUGUAGAUGUACUGCCACAACUGUGACCGAGCUACUGCAUUGACGAGAUGAACCAAUAUUUAUACGGUCACUUGACGAUCUUGAAAGAAAAAUGACUGAGUAAUGCGUGGUCAGAGCACCCUGCAGGCGCGGAUCUUGCGUCCACAAAUGUUUUGCCCUGUGCGACUUUGUGGGCGAUCUCGCUAAUGCCAUGCGGACACGGCUGUGAAACCGAAAUUAAAAACGGCACUCAAAUGGUGCAAGGACGAG